GGCAUGUAAAUAACACGAAAUAAAAGGGUGUUGUAGAUAUUAAUGUUUUUGAGUUAGCCUCAAAUAUGAACCAACUGUUUCAACUUCUAGUCCAACCAAGGGGAAUCGCCUGAAACGUCGCAGUGAUAUGAAGAACAACAGUGGUUAACAAGGGGCAUUUCAAUGAUCUGACAAUGAGACGGAGCCCAAGGAGACCCCUGAUCCUCAAAAGAAGAAAACUCCCUUUUCAGCAAAAUGAUGUGCUGGCAGCUGAAUCACAAAGCCAGUCAGGUGCACCGGCAUCCAAAGAAACAUCCAAAUCAACUUCCUCUCAGUGCUUCCCUGAUGGCAUCCGCAUUAUGGAUCAUCCUUCCCAGUCUGACACUCAGGUGGUUGUUAUUCCCAAAACAGCAGACCUUCAAAGUGUUAUCGGAGCCCUCACUGCGAAAGGAAAAGAGUGCGGUGAACAGGGCCCGAACAAGUUCAUUCUUCUGAGUGGGAAUGGCGGCCGGGACAAUGGAGGUUUUUGUCACCCUGCUGCUGAAGAGGGAUUCGUUUCUACACCGAAUGCAGCCCCUCAGACAGUGAAAGCAGAGACUACACCGAGCUCCCAGGAUGCUAAACCUUUCACUGGAGUUAAACCAUUGAAUAAGGAAGGCGGUCCUUUAGAUGACAGCCUCACCAAUAUUCAGUGGCUGGGCAAAAUGAGCACCUUCGAAGCGGAUGCUUCCAAGCAGACGCCCAACAAGGAGAACCAAAACCCACCUUCACAAACUUUUCAGGCACACAAUACACAUGUCGACGCAGAAGCUGUUCAGCAAAACAUGGCAGAGAGGCCGCCGUACUCCUACAUGGCCAUGAUCCAGUUCGCUAUCAACAGUAGGAAGAGCAGGAGGAUGACACUGAAAGAGAUCUACAUGUGGAUUGAGGAGCAUUUCCCUUACUACAGGGACGUGGCCAAACCAGGAUGGAAGAAUUCCAUCCGUCAUAACCUGUCACUGCAUAAGAUGUUCAUUCGUGAGACGACGCCUGAUGGUAAAGUUUCUUACUGGACAAUCCGGCCUGAGGCCAAUCGAUGCCUCACUCUUGAUCAGGUGUACAAGCCUGGUUGUAACCCAAUGACUGCCCCUGUUCCAGUGCCAAUGGUUUUAUUUCCCCACCAACGGAUGGUUGCCGAUGCAAGAAAAACCCCGACUGGCUCUGAGAGAAAGAUGAAACCUCUUCUCCCACGAACCGAUUCCUACUUGGUUCCCAUCCAGCUCCCCGUCACCUCUUCUGUCUACCUGCCAUCCUCGUCUACCCCAUUUGCCCCCACCUGCCCCCAGCAGAAACGGAACACUUCACGAGGAACCAAAAGAGUCCGCAUAGCUCCUAAGGUGACUCACAGUGAAGCCCAAACUGUGGUGGUGUCUCCUCAGAAGCCCUAUAAGGUGGAGGUGAAGGAGGAGCAGGUGUGUGUUCCAAUCAAAUGCGAGACUCCCAAAGCCGCUCCAAAGAGACAAGCCAGCAGCUCGCGUCGCAAACAGCACCUGGUUCGCUCUGUGCACGAGGAGCCCGUUCUCCUCUGCCCCGAUAACACCUUCUUAGACUCUGGUCUAGUCUCCGAUUAUUCGACAGUCCACGACAUCCACACUGAGCUAGACGAGCACCAGCCCGGGCAGGACAGCCCCGACCGGGAGUUCUCCUUCAAGACUCCCAUAAAAAGUAGCAGCCACUUGUCCUCCUCCACCCCCAGCAAGCCUUCUUCUAAUGUACUUGAACCCUGGAAGGUGACCCCAGUGGGCAAAGGGAGCCAACACGUUCUGGACUUCAGCCCCAUCCGUACCCCAGGUGGUCCCGCAGUCACCCCGCGACACGACUACACCACCUUCAGCUUCAACAGCACUCCCUUCAAAGACUGGCCUCUGUUUAGCUCCCCCAGAGAGCUGCUCACAUCCGCUCCCGCCAGAGCAAGCGGAUCAACUGAGCCGUCCACCGGACGCAUCCCGAGCAGCUGCUCCAGAGAGCUGCUGCAGGCGGGAGGCAGCACGGCGGCUAACCACUCACUCACUGAGGGCCUCGUGCUGGACACCAUGAACGACAGCUUGAGCAAGAUAUUCCUGGACAUUAGCCUCCCUGCUCUGGAUGAUGAGGACCUCGAUGUGGGCAAUGUCAGCUGGUCCGAGUUCUUCUCUCAAUUCAAGUAGCGUGAGGGCCAUUACGUUUUACGACAUGGCAGUGUCAUCGGUUUACUUUUUGUCAAAACACUAUUGGAGAGGAGCCGCACACUGAAACAGCAAAGCAGAUGCAAAUGAAGGUAGCAAAUGUCUGACACUGUCCAACUUGUUCUCAGACAGAAUAAAUCUCACUUUAGAAUAGCGUCCAUAAUAAAUAGGAGGUUGAGAAAUUUGAGAUUAAGAAAAUAGGCUUGGGGAGAAAUAUUAAACAACCGGGUGUAUGGAUGACAGAUAAAAUCCAUGUUUUAUAGUCAGAAUACUGAUAUUCUAUCCAUCUAAUGGAUUAAAAAAAAUAAUAAUCAUAUCUGCUGUGGUUUGCUGUGUGAUUCUAAAUCCAUCACAUCAGUAAAUAUAUUCAUUGCCUAUGAAUAUACCAAAGCCCAACGUGGUCAUUUAAAUGGGUUUAAAUGUACAAAUUGCAGCCUUAACAUGUGACGGAUGCAACCUUCUGCUCAGCUG